GAGACGACCGCCGUGAGACGGCAGCGUUUAGCGGAACGCAGCUGAACUUCAGGCAGCUUCGUUCGCUACAACUGUUUUUUUCGGAGUUGCGAGGGUUGGGAGGUGCACCGUAUAAGAAAAGAAAGUAGCCACACAACAUAAAUAUUCAGUGAAUUAAAAAUUGAAUCUUUUUUACUGAUAAACACAAUGAACCUGUCAAGGAAUGCAUCAAAACGUCCAAACGAUGGAGUGACGAUUCAAGAAGAAAUAUUCCCAGCUGCAGAAAAGAUUCUCUCAGACAUUGAGAAUGUCAUAAAGAAAGAUCUCGAACUGAAGAGUUUUGAGAUAAUUCCGAUCCAGGAUAACGAGAACAAAUCGCCGGUUUAUCACGAGGAGCAUUCGUUGGGUUUGGCAUCGUGGUGUGUACAACCGUUGUAUUGUUACGCGUACGGUCGUCUUAUUGAUUUGAAGAGGAGCGAAUAUCGUCGAGCGGAAACGAGUACGAUAUCGAGAUGGUUGAUGGGUGCGUUGUUGCUGAAUCCGGAUGUUUCGACCUUUUGGAACAUAAGGCGAGAGCUCGUGAGGACCGGGCGCCUCGAGGGCUUGCGAGAACUGCAAUUUACCGCAUUGGUAUUAUACCACAAAGCCAAAUGUUUCGAGGCGUUUGCCUAUCGAAGAUGGUUGUUGCAGCAUCUUUUGACUGGUGGUAAAACGAGCAGCGAGGAGACGAGAGAUUUGUUGAGCAAUGAAAUCCAACUGGCUGAAAUAUCGGCCGAUCGAUACGCCAAUAAUUAUCAUGCUUGGAGUCAUCGGGAAUACGUAAUGACGUACACUCAAAAAAAAAUGCCCGAAUUUUAUGCGAGUUUGCUUAAGAGCGAGUGGAUAAGUUCGGGUGAAUGGUGUAGUCGCCACGUUUCUGAUCACAGCGGUCUAGCCUACAGGCAAUUUUUGCUCAAACGUUUGCUCUACGAGAAAACAUCUCCGGGCACAAGCUCCUGCGACGAGCUUGAGCAACGCCGUGAAUUAGUAGAACGAUUCAUCACGCCCCAUCUUACGAACGAAGAAAUCGUUUCCCUCAACGCGAGGGAUAACGAGGCUUGGAGGUUUUUGAAUUAUCUACACAGCUCCAAGGUCGUCCCUAGGCGUUCAGAACUCGACUACGAUCAAGUACUGGUCGCACUCUCUUACUGGGUCGAAGACUGCAAGAACAACGAGAAUAAUAUUCUCACCUAUCCGGGGCACGAGGCUCUCUGGUAUCAUCGUCGGUUCCUUGGCCACGCUCUUAUCUGCCUUGAAAAUUCCUAUGCUCGAAAUUCGCCUUACGAAUACUUCACGAUCCACCAACCCAUCCGAGAAUCUUCCUCCGAAGUUUCCGAUACUCAAUCCGACGACGAAGACACUCUGAGAACGGGACUACUCGCCCUUGCUUUCCGUCAGGAUAACGAGCGGAUUAUCAAAAUCGCUAAAAAUUCAAAAAAUUCUGUCCAAGUUAAUUUUGGCGAAAAAUUUCUCAAAUACAUCGCUGAAUUCAGCUCAGACUCAAUGAAACUUAAAGAGAGUUGAAAUAAAGGAGAUGACGAAUUACUCUUCAGAUAUUAAAAUUGUAUUUUUUUAAUAAUAAACCGAAAGGAUUGACACUCAGUGCCCAAAA